GAAGCCAAGAAACGAAGCUUUCCUUACUUUGCCAUAUCCUAAUAUUUCUUCGUUGCCUCUUUUCUUCCUUCAAUUCCCCAAUUCACUCUUCUUUCUCUCUCUGUUUGGAAGUUGGGAAGAACAUUAAAAGUUGGUCCUCUGUUUUUGUCGCAAAUUUCCGGAGGAACCCCAAGUUUACUUUCUUUUUUGGUUUGUUCCAUUCAACAUGGAAACAGGAGGUGUCAAACUCAAAAGGGCAGAGAUUGAUACCAGAAAGCCAUUUCGUUCAGUGAAGGAAGCCGUUUCGUUGUUCGGCGACAAAGUUUUGGCCGGAGAACUCUAUAGCAACAGGCUUAAACAGAUGCAUGGCAGAGAUCAGCGAAGAGACACAAACGAAUUGAAAUUAGGGAACGUUGCAGCUGAAUUAGAAGAAACAAAGCAAAGCCUUGAAAAGGCCAAAGAAGAAAGCAUGGUGAUGGCUCAUUGCCUUUCAUCCCUCCAAGAAGAGCUCGAAAACACCAAAAAAGAGCUUCAAUUCUUAAAGGAAUCAGAAUUAUUCCACCAAUCUGAAGAUAUAAAAGUUGUAGACGCCGCCGCCGCCGCCGCCGCCGCCACCGAUUCAAUGGAGUUUCAAAAGAAACGUUAUGUCACUUUUGCCAACCCCCCUGCCGCCGUUGCUCACCUCGUCAUUCCGCCGCCCACCGGUGUUGAGAAACUGGAGCGGCUCUCGUCUUUUAGAAGGGAUAAGAACAAGAUGAAGAAGACAUUAAUCCCUCUCAUCUCCGCCAUAUUUUCCAAGAAAAAAUGAAAUAUGCAAAUCUUUGUAACCGAACAAUUUGACGGCGAGAUGUGUCAUGUAAUAAUGAAUUCUUUCUUUUUUCAUUGAAAA